CUCAUUCCUCCUUUUUAUCUCCUUUCUCAGUUUUACUUUGGACGACUACGAUUUUUAUUUUGCAUUGGAGCAGAGAAAAUAGCUGAUACAAUCGCGCUAAUCAGAAACGGAAACCACCAUUUUCGGAAAAACAUAAAAACAAAGAUGGCGAUUAUUUUAUAUUAAUCACGGUAGUUCGAUCUCCCACUUCCAUAGUUUUUACUUAUUGUUUCCUUUCUUCAUUAAAAAAAAAAAUCCCUCUCCUGCUGUCUCUCUUUGCAAAUGUUUGGAAAUUUCAUCUUUUUGCCUAAAAAGUUUUAUCUCUGUCCCUUUGACUGCAGAUUGAACGGAAAAUAAAUAAUUUUUUUUUCUUUUUUCCUAACUUUUGUUGUUGAUUUCUUCAUUCAAAUGUUUUUCGGUUGAAACAAAAGAAGAACGACAAAAACCAGAAAUGUCUGUUGUAGAUGUUGCUUUGAGUCCGGUUCGUCGAGAAGCGGUUCACUCUUCUGGUUAUUGCUAUAACCAAGCGGGUGACUCGAUCUUGAUUUACCUUUCGGUUUCCGGUUCGGUGAUUCCGAUGCGGGUUUUAAAAUCCGAUUCGAUAGCCUCCGUCAAGCUUCGGAUCCAGACAUGUAAAGGCUUUGUAGUGAAGAAACAGAGGCUUGUUUUCAAAGGCAGAGAAUUGGCUCGCAACGAUUCGCUUGUUAAAGACUACGGCUUGAAAGGUGGGAAUUUUUUGUACCUAGUUUUAAAACUUUCCAAUCUUUUGCUCAUCACUGUAAGAACAAGUUGCGGGAAAGAGUUUGAAUUGCAUGUUGAUAGGUUUAGAAAUGUUGGGUAUUUGAAACAAAGGAUAGUUAAACAAGGGAAAGGUUUCGUUGAUGUUGAUGAACAAGAAAUCUUUUGUAAUGGUGAAAAACUCGAUGAUCAAAAACUAAUUGAUGAUUUAUGUAAAGAUAAUGAUGCUGUGAUUCAUUUGAUGGUUCAAAAAUCAGCCAAAGUUCGAGCUAAGCCUGUUGAACCAGUUAGAGAUUUCUGGUUUGAACCAGUUAUUGUGAACCCCAAAGUGAAAUUGCCUUGUUUUAUGUUGGAUAUGAUACAUUCUACAUUUGAUGGGUUGGAUAUAGGGAACCAGCCAAUUCGAUCACCGGAAGGGACAGGAGGGGCUUACUUUAUGCAAGAUAAGUUGGGGGUUGAUUAUGUUUCGAUCUUUAAACCGAUCGAUGAGGAGCCGAUGGCAGUUAACAAUCCACAUGGAGUCCAUGGAUCAUCAAAUCGUGAAGGGUUGAAAAAGGGUACAAGAGUUGGAGGAGGAGCAGUGAGAGAAGUGGCUGCUUAUAUAUUGGAUCAUCCCAAGAGUGGACCUCGGUCUUUGUCUGGUGAGAUGUCGGGGUUUGCUGGUGUACCUCCUACUUGCAUGGUUCAGUGCUUGCACAAAGGGUUUAACCAUCCAAAUGGGUAUAAAUGUGCACCUGAGAAUGUUAAGGUUGGGUCCUUACAGAUGUAUAUGAAGAAUGCCGGGAGUGGUGAGGAUGUAGGUCCAGGAGGUUUCCCUGUGGAGGAAGUGCACAAGAUCAGCGUGCUCGAUAUAAGAAUGGCAAAUGCCGAUCGACACGCCGGUAAUAUCUUGAUUGGUAAAGGGGAAAAUGACCAAACUGUGCUUAUUCCAAUUGAUCAUGGCUACUGCUUGCCUGAGAAUUUCCAGGAUUGCACAUUUGAUUGGCUUUAUUGGCCACAAUCACGACAGCCUUACUCCAAAGAGACUAUAGACUAUAUAAAAUCACUGGAAGCUGAACAAGAUGUUGCACUUCUGAGAUUUUACGGGUGGGAUGUUCCCGUCGAGUGCGCUCGCACGCUCUGUAUCUCGACCAUGCUUUUGAAAAAAGCAGUCGACCGGGGUCUUACCACUCCCUUUGCUAUUGGAAGCAUCAUGUGCAGGGAAAUUGUGAACAAGGAAUCUGUGAUUGAGCAAAUUGUAGAUGAAGCUCAAGAUUUGUUGCUUCCAGGCAUGAGUGAAGCUGCAUUUAUGGAGACUGUGUCUCAAGUCAUGGAUUCUUGGCUUGACAAGCUCACAAACUAAAGCUACCUAUAUGGUCUGUUCAUGGUACAUAUUUGAACGUAUUGAGUUAAUGAUGAGUCCAUUUUUGUAAGGACCACAAAUUAUGUCAAUGUAGAUAGCUUAUCCUUCAUAGGAGAUUGAAGCUUUCCUUUAUUUAUUUAUUUAUUUUUUAAACUCUAUCAACUUAUUACUUGAUCCUGUAUUAAUAUGUUGAACAGAUUCAAAGAUAAUGAAAUAAUAGGUAGGCAUUGAUGAUUGGGUUUGAUGUAAAA